UGCCCCAUUCUUUAAGUCGCAGGACCUACUCUGCCUCCCGGACCCUCAAACGGGACUGAGGGAGGAGUCCUUCAUUCCCCCAUUUAACGAACACCUACUGAGCACCUAUGAGCCGGAAGCCAGAGCGGCGGAGCCACAAGUGGCAGCGGGCCAGCGGAGCGCGGCGGAAGAGACGUCAGCGCGCUUCCGGCGGGCGUGGGCGGGGCCUCGGGCUCCUUCCCGGGAUAUCUGCGGACGCAUGGCAGCAAAUACUCUUGGAAGUGCAACGCCCAGAAAACCGGUCUUAUCUGUCAGUGCAAGAAAAAUUAAGGACAAUGCAGCUGAUUGGCAUAAUCUGAUCCUGAAAUGGGAAAACCUCAAUGACACAGGCUUCACUACUGCGAAUAAUAUCGCCAACCUGAAAGUCAGUUUAAGGAGUGAGGAUAAGACAGAGUUACAGAGCAGCAGCCCGGCUUCCGCGGAAAAUGCGGGAAGGACGCUUCCGGAAUAUAGCAAGGAGCUAGAGAGGCUGUGUGAGGAGCUGCGGACCACCUUCGAGGCUUUGGCCAAAAUACAGAUGAAAAUGGAAAAGCUGUCUUCAACUACCAAGGGAAUUUGUGAACUAGAAAACUACCAUUAUGGGGACGAGAGACAACGGCCCCCCCUGUUUCACACUUGGCCCACAGCCCAUUUUUACGAGGUUUCCCACAAGCUGUCCGACAUGUACCGGAAGGAGCUUCUCCUGAAACGCACCAUCACCGAAGAGCUUGCACACACCGUGGACCAUGACCUCACCCUGAGCUACUUGUCAAUGUGGCUGCACCAGCCCUAUGUGGAGGCCGACAGCAGGCUGCUUCUGGAAGGCAUGCUGCUGGAAACGGGGCACCGAGCACUGUGACCUCCCCGCGUGGCCUGGCCUGGGCCUCCAGGCUCCAGACCCCUGGCUGCCUCCAUGGCUGCCAUGGUGGACAGUCUUUCACGGAGGACCUGGUGCCGCACCCCAGGACCAGCCCCUGUGCUGUGGCCACCCACCCACCAGCCUUGGGGUCUGCCAGGUCGGGUCAUUGCUGGCCGCCGCGUGGUGCCGUCCACCAUUCAGCGUACACCUGUCGUCAGUCUGUCACCUGAGAGGACUCCUGCGGGAAAUAAAUGAGUUCCUCGGCAAAA